UCAGGAACUCUGUCUAGCAGAGGAGAGAUGGUAGAUGAGUUAGUAACACUGAGGGGAAAGCGAAGGAGGUAGUGGCUGGUUCUUCAGGGAUGUGUGUUCGAACUGGUUCUUGAAGGAUCUGUGCUCGAUGCGUGCCCACUUGAAGGAAAAGGGAACUGAAUUCGGUUGUGUUGGAGCAAAGACAAUCCUGGUCGUGGCAGAAGCAUUCGACAAGUUAAUAGAAGCAUUAAAAAACUGUGGGGCAACGUGUGACUGUCAAGUCUAGUAGGAACCAAGUGAAGGCUGGACAGAGUGGCAUUUAAAAUUCAUAUAAGGCUGAACGCAGUGGCACAUACCUGUGACUCCUAGACAUUCUGGAGGCUGAGGCCAGAGGAUUUGUUGAGUCCUGAAGUUCUAGAGGAGAUUGGGGGCAAACACAAGAAGAGUGGUCUUAACUUGUUUGUAAAACUACAGCGCUACCACCUCGCCGUAGCGUUGCCAGUGUAACAGAAAAGGCAAAAUUGGAACUUGUCUCUGAACAAGUUUGGAUUUAGGAACUUGGUUAGAAUUGGUGUGUGUGUGUGUGUGUGUGUGUCAAUGGUACAUCAAUGCAGGAUUGUUGAAAACUUUGAGACAAAGUUAGGAUGCAAACCUAGAGAAAUCUAGUGUGCAAGUUGUCUGUAGGUUGACCCAUCGUUUGGGUAGUUUUUAAUAGACAUCCAUCUUACUUGGAUAAUGAGAAUAUUGUAUUCUAGAAAGGGCAUCCUCAUAUAAACAGCGGAGGUGGAGGUGGAGGGCAGAGGUAGUUUCAAUGUCCAAACAGUAUGUGAGGCCGCAUGGUUUUAAUUUUUAAGAUACAGUGUGGGGCUGGGAAUGUAGCAGUAGAGUGCAAAACUAGCUUGUAAAAGGCCCUGAACAUAAUACUUAGCACUAUAGGAAGGAAAAACAAGUUUGUGACUACCAAAUUGGCAAAAUGUUAAAGUGUUGGCAGAUAAAAGAAGUUCCAGACUGCUACAAGUAAGUGUAAACCAGCCUAGAUGUUCUGAGAAUGUUUUGGCUGUAUUUAUUGACGCUAUAUAUGCAAAUAUCUGGCAAGUCCCUAAGAAGAUAUCACCGGAAGAUCUCAGUAUCACCCCCCUCUGCAACUUAAUUGAAGAAACCUAAACGAGUUACCAGCAGACCUAUUAGGUUUUCACAGUUGAGGGCAGCAAAGAAAGCAGGAUGUCUGUGGAUCCGAUGGCCUAUGAGGCCCAGUUCUUUGGCUUCACACCACAGACUUGCUUACUGAGGAUCUACAUAGCAUUUCAAGACCACCUAUUUGAAGUGAUGCAGGCUGUGGAACACGUAAUCCUAAAGAAGCUGGAGGGCAUGCCAGACUCUGAGAUUAGCCCUGUCCAAAUUCGUAAAUGCACAGAGAAGUUCCUUUGCUUCAUGAAAGGACGUUUUGAUAACCUUUUUGGCAGAAUGGAGCAGCUGAUUUUGCAGUCGGUUUUGUGUAUUCCCCCAAACAUCCUGCUUCCUGAAGAUAAGUGUCAGGAGACGCAUCCUUUUAAUGAAGAAAAAUUCCAGCUUCUCAAAAAGGAAAUUGAAGAGUUACAGGAGAAGUAUAAGGUUGAAUUACGCACUGAGCAGGCCCUUCUUGCAGAAUUAGAGGAGCAAAAAGCUGUUAAAGCCAAACUCAAAGAGACCUUGACUUUCUUUGAUGAGCUUGAAAACAUUGGCAGAGAUCAUGGAACUAGUAACUUUAGGGAGAGCUUGGUGUCCCUGGUCCAGAACUGUAGAAAACUCCAGAACAUUAGAGACAAUGUAGAAAAACAAAGCAAAAGACUGGAAACACUGUAACUUCUCAGCAUUGAAAAGAAAGAGCAUGUAAAUAAGUAGCUUUUCUUUGAUUACUCUUAUGUUUGAGGUCUUUUCUCUCUCCUUUCCCAGGUUCCACAAAGCAGAUUGGCAGAUCUUCUAGAACUGCAGGCUCCAAUUGAGAUCUCUAAAGCAGAGUUUGUGUUCAUCUGGUUUUUCCUUCUGAAAUUGGGUUGACCACCCUUUUAUCUGAUAACACCUCGAGUUCUUCUUUUGGGAUUGUACCUAUUCAGCUGUUAGGGGUGCUUUAGUGUGAUUUCAGGAGGGAGUGGAAUCCUGUGUAAAUCAGGCCUGUAUGUUCAUUCACUGAGUGUUGGAGUGCAACCUGAGGUAUAUCAGGGACUAAUAAAGCAGAAAAGCUGGGCUGGGGACACAGCUCAGUGGUAGAGUAUGCUCAGCAUGUGAGUCCUCAGGUUGAACAUGCCACACUUUGGAGAGAAGCAAAAGGAGGAGGGGGAAGGACAAAAAAAAAGCAAAGGGGGAAACAAGGCACAGCAGAGGGAUCAGGGAUAUGAGGUGAAGUAUACUGCAAUAUUAGGAGAGCUGUGCCCUACUCAUGUAAGAUUCAAGUCGAGCUUAAAAGAGAAGGCAUUAGCCACAUACCUGAAGGAUCAUCCUUGGCAGGGGCUGAUGAUACCAGUCAGCAGGUAUAAGUACUUGUAGUAUAAGCCUGGUGACCCAAGUUGGAUCCCCAGAACCCUUGUAAAGGUGGAAAGAGAUUUGAUUCACAGAAUUGUACUCUGACUUCUAAAGGUACACUGUGGCAUGUGCAUACACACAUAUACAUACACAGUAAUUUUUUUAAAGAGUAAACAAAACCUCUGUGUAUGUUUGUGUGCCAUUAAAAAACUAACUCCUAA